ACAAAAGAUUGAAAAUUAGAAAUAUCACGUAUGCAAUAAAGAACAUAAUUCUAUAACACCACUUUAUACGUGUUACCGUUAGACAUUACCGAGUUCAAACACUACAGACGACUUAUAGUUGAUGAUGGCGGAUACCUUAGCUACUAUUCCACCGAUGAUUAUUGGGGGAAGUAUUAUUACCACUGUAUCAUUCAUUCUGCAUAUAAUAGGAUUUUCAACUACAUAUUGGUAUACAAUUGGAGAUUUAGUUCAUAUGGGAUUAUGGAAAUCAUGUUUUCAAUCCAAUGGAGUAGAAGUCUGUAAAUAUUUUACAGAUGCACCAGUACGUGACGCUCAAUUUACAGCUGCCGGAGUUCUGGAAAUCUUUGCACUGGUAGCCUUUGUCGCAGCUUUAGUAUGUGCUUUAUAUGAGAUGUUUGUACUCACUGAAAAGGGAAUUAUGUUUGUUGUUAUAGGCUUACUCAACUUCAUGGCAGGAGGACAUGCCUUGAUCGGAACAAUAGUCUUCGCAGCAAUUUCUUCUGGUGGCAUUAUGUUGGAUCCGUCCAACUUUCACUAUUCAUUUGGGCUAUGUAUUGUAGGUGGAAUUGGAGGAAUUUUUUCAGGCAUUGUUUUCAUCCUAGCAUGGCGGUGGGUGAGAAACUGAAAAAAGUGGCUGGAUCGAAAAGCUUAUUGUAUAAACGUUAUUUCUAUGAUAUAUACGAAAGAAACUACAUUUCGCUUCUCCAUAGCAAUAUUAAUGUAUUCGAAGGAUUUAAACGAUGCAAGGUACUCAAUGCUAGAUAAUGUCAUAUCAUUAUAUUCAAGGCGAGAAAUGUCAUAUCAUUCUAUGCAAGACGACAUAAUGUCAUAUCAUUCUAUGCAAGGCGAGAUAAUGUUAUAUCAUUCUAUGCAAGGCGAGAUAAUGCCGUAUCAUUGUUUGCAAGGCGAGAUAAUGUCAUAGCAUUCUAUGCAAGGCGAGAUAAUGUUAUAUCAUUGUAUGUAAGGCGAAAUAAUGUCAUAUCAUUCUAUGCAAGUCGAGAUAAUGCCAUAUCAUUGUAUGCAAGGCGAGAUAAUGCCAUUUCAUUGUACACAAGGCGAGAUAAUGUCAUAUCAUUCUAUGCAAGUCGAGAUAAUGCCAUAUCAUCGUAUGCAUGGCGAGAUAAUGCCAUAUCAUUCUACGCAAGGCGAGGUAAUGUCAUAUCGUGAUAUGCUAAGCAUGAUGAUGCCAUUCCAUAUUAUGCAAGGCGAGAUAAUGCUAUAUCAUUGUAUGCAAGGCGAGAUAAUGUCAUAUCAUUCUAUGCAAGUCGAGAUAAUGCCAUAUCAUUGUAUACAAGGCGAGAUAAUGUCAUAUCAUUCUAUGCAAGGAGAGAUAAUGCCAUAUCAUUGUAUGGAAGACGAGAUAAUGUCAUAUCAUUCUAUGCAAGGCGAGAUAAUGUCAUAUCAUUGUAUAAAAGGUGAGAUAAUGUCAUAUCAUUGUAUGAAAGGCAAGAUCAUGCCAUAGCAUUGUAUGAAAGGUGAUAUAAUGCCAUAUCAUUCUACGCAAGGCGAGGUAAUGUCAUAUCGUGAUAUGCUAGGCAUGAUAAUGCCAUUCCAUAUUAUGCAAGGUGAAAUAAUGUCAUAUCGUUGUAUGCAAAGUGUGAUAAAGUCAAAGAACGGCAUAUCAGUCUUGAUAUUGGAAUAUAAACAUGUGUAAGGUGUUAAAACGCCGCAUCAUUCAUUAUAUGCAGUACGUUUCUUUAACUUCUUUGAUAUUUGGAUUAUAUUAUUUAUAAUAAAGAAUUUUA